UUUGAGCUAAAACUUCCACAGCAGCUCCCCGGGGGGCUUUUCAUGCUUUCGUUCAACACCAGGGAGGGUUUGCCCCUGUUUGAAAGUUGAGAAGCCUGCUGAGAAAAUCUAAGUUUUCUUGGAAUAUCUGUAAAAGUUUUCAGUGCGUGAUUUCGGGUUGAAUUGUUUUGCGGGGUGUUGACGGGCUCAAAAGUAUGGGUCUGGAAAUGAGAUUCAUAGAUAAAGACAAGCAAAUGAGAUGGGGGUUUGAUUGUUGUUUUUAGAAACAGUGAGAAGCCGAGGUCAAGAAAAGUGAAUUUGAAUAUCCCGCUUUGAGUGAUGACAACCACUAGUUGAUUGAGCAGUGGAUAGUGGGCGCUGUAGAGGCGAGCCUGUUUAGAUGGUUGGUUUGGGAAUUUUUCUAGGCAAAUAAAACGCCAAAGAAGAGACUUUGGACGACAGGAGGCGGCAAAAAAUCGGGUUGCCACACCUCGGGAGUCAUCCAGAAGACGGUUGGAGCCAUAAUCCAGACACUACGGGCUAUUGAUGUACGAAAAUAGGCGAUUCCGGCCAGCAAGUUGCGUUUGCUCUGUAUCAGCAAUCGUCGCGCGCCGCUCAUGCCAUUCCUUCAAUGUAAAAAGCAAAUGGACGAGUGCGUUGUUCGGCUGUUUUAAGGAAAGUCGCCAUUGUUGUUCAAUAAACACACGGAAGAGGAACAGUUAAAAGUCUGCCCAUUUCCGGUGGUUGUUCGGUCCGAUUGUCCCGCUUUCUAACGCGAAAAGUUUACGAUUGUCGGGCGGAUUGGCGUCCCGUAAAAGUGCAAAAAGUGGUGCAAUGUUUGUUGUAUGCGUAUUUGUGCUUGGACUCCGUGCUCCGUAAAAACGCUUUCGCGUUUCGUAAGCUUCGCCUUGUCACGUGGGAGUGUUCCGUUUAAAAUACCUGCUAGUUACGUGUGAUUGGAAAUGUGCUGUUCGACUGGAAAAUCAAUUCGAGAAGAUUCUCGUCCUUCUUCAGGACAUCAGUGAUGCAUCGGGCACCCCCAAACACCUCAUUUCCGCGGUUAACUUGUAUGUUUUCGCUGUCUAAUUUGCCGGCAAAACGUAUUUACCGAUCGAAAAUAAACUGGUAGCGGCUGAUAUUGAUGUUAUUCCGCGUCGGAUUAUCGAUCAAGUGCUCUUUUUUAUGGUUUUUUAGCUUGUUUAUAUAGUAACAUGAUGAGUUUUGCGAAAAACACUGGAUGAAUGGGAUUGCGUACAGCCUCGGUGAGGCGUCCCCAUGUGGAUGUCAUGGCCCCAGCGCUUAAAGACACCGUCCAAGCCCAAAACUUUGAUUUACCGCCCAAAAGUCAUUUGGAACCGGCGUCGCCAAUAAACAGUUUCGAAACAAGCAAAUUCCCGCCUGCUGCCGCGGCUGAAAAAAAUAGCAGUAAACCGGCCAGUCCCUUGAACACUGAUGAUCUGAGCACCAGUUUGGAGGCCCUCAAUUCGGAUUCUGAUUCCUGCCCCAAAACUGCAGUACUUGAUCGCUACUUGUCCAGUUUCAACGGGGCCUCGGACAAUUGUUUUACUGAGAAUAACAUGAGUCUGAGCUCCUCACCUAUGGGUGACUCCGACGAUAAAAUGGGCCUCCAGAAAUCUGAACUGACUGUAAGUAAUGUGAACAAGAAUAGUCGAAACUCCAGUGACGUGGAUCAGCUUUUCAAUGCCAAUCUGGAAGCGAAUGUUGAGGAUAUUAUGCAACAGGUAAUCAAGUCCAUCGAGAACAGCGACCAGCUGAAUAAUUCCUCCACUGACCUCACUGAGGUGCUCGACAUCAACAUCGAUAAGGAGCUUUUGGAGCAUGUGGAUAACAUGAUGAAUAUGGGCAUUGAUGAUCAGCCAGAUGAUCUGGAAACUGCCCAGAAGAUGAAAGAGACCCAAGCAAAUGAGCAGCUCACCGACCUCAAAGGCAAGCAUUGGCGAAUAGAGCGGAGGCUUGAUUUUCUUAAGCGGCGCUGCCUUAAGCUACAAAGCCGACUGAUGGGCAGGCACAUAAGCGCUGAAGUUGUGGGCGUUUUCGAACAUGUCCAUCGCACAAUUAAAAAACCAAAAGACCACAAUGACACCUUGAACUCCUUCGGGGCAUCCUGCAAUGACUCAGCGGACAAGCUCAAGCCACUUACCGCACUAUCGGCUAAGCAAUUGGUCAAGAAGCUGGAAAUGGCUAAAUCUCUACAAGCCAACGCGUUCGCCAGGCAGAAGAAUGUACCCAAAUACUUCGGAUCGGGCUCAAUUGAAGCUUCACUAUUUAGGAACAGUACCAGUGGUCAAGUGAACAUUCCCCAGUGGACAGCGGAUAAUAAACAGGAACUGAGGAAAGUGACUGAUCAACUUAAGGUGCAACUGCAUCUACUACAAGAUCAAUUAGAUUCGGAAGCAACUGAGAGCAGUUCGGGUGGGGAAAGUUGUGACGAGUUUCAAACCUACAACAAUCCUCACCAACAGUACCUUACCAUACAAAAGCGGGCCCUCUGGAAAUACUCUACGGAGAGGGCAUCAAUUGCAGCCCGAUGGACUUGGCUGCAAUCACAGAUUUCCGACCUGGAAUAUAGAAUCAGACAGCAUGCCGAGUUGAAUAAGAGGCUUACAACUGUGAAAGGAGUGAUAGAGUUGGGCGAGGUUGUCAUUCGGCCCAAACCUGUGCAAUCGCAGCCUGAGAUUGCUGGACAUCAUGAUUACGGAGCUUCUCCGGUCGAAAGUACAAAUGUUUCCAUGCCAUUGAAUGGAUAUGUUGGACAGCUUCCAGGCGCGACUGGAUCGAAAUCAUCUGAUGAUGAUGACUGCCAAUAUUGCGCAAGGACGAGACCCUUGGUCAACUUUAAGAAAAGGCGACUGCUACAGAUUGGUGGUUUACAUGCCGUUUCUAAGAAUGCAGCGCGUCCGAGUACAGUUAGGUGCAACUGCAUGGUACUGAAAAACCCAUGUGCACUUUGCACGGGACGAGCAGAUCCUACCCAUCCGCGAGACUCUACAGACACUUUGGGAAGUGCUGAAAAAGUCGUCUUAUUGGAUCCUUGUUACCACCGAGUACUAUCGGCACCGGAAGAUAUCUCGCAAACCCUACAUUUUGAAGCCAUCAUGAAGAUGAACGAGUGGCAACAAAGAAGUAUCAAAAUGAAAACGAUAAAGGUAUUACACAAACCUGAAAGAAUGGAACCCAGAUCUUACGAACACCGGACGAAGAAGCUGGAGCACCGGAAAAAGUACAGCCGGUUGAAGUCUAGCACCGCAGCUGCUUUGUCAGAGAAAAUUAAGAAGAAAUUGCGAGGCAGGAGAGCAGCGGGUCGACAAACCAAGCUGAAUAAGCGACACAGCUUAGUUCCGGAUACCGAAACGGGUGGAUCAGAGGAUGCUGAAGUGGAAGCAACUAUUGGAAAAGGAUCUCAGGUGCUUGCAGUAAAUGCGUCGCAAACUAGACCCACUCCGUUUGACUCACCGGGAGGCUCGCCUCUACUGCAAAUGCAGUCGAUAUCAGGCUACAAGCAGAACAAUCGCAACAACCGGGCCGCCGACUCAUACGAUAUCGACAAUAUUGUGAUACCCUACAGUGUAGCGGCAGCCACACGAGUUGAGAAGCUUCAAUACAAAGAAAUUCUAACACCUAAAUGGAGGAUAGCGGAAGAAGAGUUGUUUGCGAAAUCUGAUAUUAAAAGCAAUGGAAGUGUGGCUGAUUUUAUGGAGGAGAACGACACUGAAGAUCUUUCUGAAGAAGCUGUGAUAGCUCGUCAUGACCGUUGCGAGCACGACGAGAAGAAGCGCUUUUUGAGUUAUUUGAAAUUUCCGUUGGGUGUUGGCCGGCCGCGAUCACAUAAGAGGAACGACAGCAUGGCGGAAUCAUCGGGAGCAAAUACGCCUGAUCCAGCCAGUCCACGUCCUGAAGGCGCAAAAACUGGAUCCGAUGUUCCACUUCCUCUAAUGGCCUCUCCUCCUCCAACGCCUGUGCCUGGAAACGAAGACGUAUUGCCUUCAAUUGCCCUGAUGCGAAGACGAACUACGUCUCAAUCCAGGUUCAGGGAGGUCAAGGAAGAAGGACCACCAGUGGAUUACGUGGAGCAACCGCCUUAUGAGACUCGAAGUUUUCCCCUAGUUGACAAGGACUAUGAUAGUAUGAUCCAGGAAAUGCCUGACGCUCAUAGGGAGGUAAAAACCAAUUAUAGGGCGCAAGAUACUGGAGAUGAUGUCAUUGCAAAAUCUGAGACUCAAGAAUCCGUGGACAGUGAAUCUACGGAAUCUGCCAUAGAAUGUGAAGACGCAGUAAUGGACUAUGAUGAUGACAUUUUUAUGGAGGAGGAUGAAGAUGAGGAAGAUCCCAACGAUCCGGAAUGGACAGAUGUGGAGAAAUCAAGCCAAAAAGAUCGACAUCAUCGAAGGUAGACCAAAUGUAGGAGGUGUUAAAUUUAACAGCCUCACAUUCAUGUACAGACCAUUGACGUGCGAUUGGAGAUUUGCAGUUCAGUGUUUCUAAAGCGUUGUAUCAAAGUCUGUUAAAUGUACUAGUAGUUAACUAUUUCAUUAAAGUCUCUGCACUAAUACGUAGCUCGGUUUUGAAAAUUACAGAGUCUUACAGGUGCGACUUAUUUUCAAAUGCCUUGUACCAAGAUGGUCGAAUUUUCAAGCCCGACCUUUCGGUUAGUUUACAAGGUCAAUCUGAAAACAAUAAUGUAUUAUUGUGUCAUUGUGACCAGCAACUCUGUGAUUAACAUUUAAGUUUCCUAGGUCUAGAAUUUGUUGAGUUUGGUAAAUGUUUGAGAAUACAACUUAUGCAUGGUUAACACACAGCAAAUACGCGUCGUUUCUGCUAAAGUGAGCGUAAACCAAAAUACGGGUAGAUGCUUUAUCAUGAUAUUUUUCUAGGUUUUCAUAGUCGUGAUCCUUGUAAAUGAGGGAAAUUCGUUGUUCAUCUGAAUUUAAUUCGAAUUAACUCGUCAAUUAAAAACUUUACAAAUAAGCGCUUGUCGGCUCUCUUCUCCUAUUUGGUCGCACUCGUGCUUGACUUGAAUGUGUUUAGUUGAAUUGGAUUAAAUUACAAAAAUGGUGUAUUUGUUAAAUGAAACUGCUCGCAAAUGGUGAUGAUCUCAAAGCUUUACCAAUUCUCCAAAUUGUAUCUUUCGCUCUAUUUUGUACAUAUUAUAUAAAUUGUUUUAGUAGUUUAAUCAUUGUAAUAUUUAGUUCAGUAAGUAUUGUGUUCAGUUUCGUUAUGUUUUAUGGAAUAUGUCAAUGUCGAUUAUUAAUGCAUAACUAAAAUACUUAUUCAGUUCUUUUCAUUACUGGAAUCUGAAUUUAAAGGUUUUCGAAUGCGAACUAACAACAUUGGCUGGUUGGAUCGACAUGGCAUAUUUGUAGCGUACCGGGGUUUAUCGGAUAUGGUACUUUGAUAUUUUUUUACAUGCGCUGAGAGUAAGCAAAUCAAGUCUGAUAAGUUGGGAUUCGAACCUGACCCUUUGGCUUUAACGGAAAUUCAACUGUAGUGCCCAUGCCUUGAUUGACACUGUCCGUACAUAUUCAAAUCACUGCUUUUGCCUGGUUUAAUAUGUGCUCAACUUUAAGCAUACAUUUCGCAUGUUUCAUAUAGCUGCUCGAAUACCCUUUUCUAAAAUUCACUUGAUUUGACGCUUAGAAAUGGCUCUACUGAAAUUGAACGGAAUGUUUAAAAAAUUACAUUUCUCUCUCAGAGUUUCUGGAUAAUGCAUCUAGCCGUUGAGGCAAACAAAUUUUAAAUGACACCCACUCAAUGAAGAAUGAAUAAAAAACAUUACAAUUUUUAAACAUUUUAGUAGUUUUUAGUUAGGAGUUUGGGGUAUUUUUUCUUGUUUAUUAAUGCAACCAUUCCAGUGGUUUCUAACUUUUAAUAAGUUACACAUCACAUGUUUCUGUCGGGAUCGAUUAUGUUUUUGUAUUAUGUUGUUUUGCAGCUUCUGUUAUUUGAAUAUGUUUAUGUAGAAUUACUAUCGUUUCAUCACGUCAACAAACCCUUGAAAAGAUAAAUCUUUUCGGGAUGUUGGUAUUAAGUUGAUUUUUUCUAUUUGCCGACAUUCUUAAGCUGAAUGGAAAAUAUUUAGAAAUGCCGUAAACUAUGUUGCGCUGUUGUAAAUUAUUACUUAAGGAAAGUUGAUAUUUCGGCAGGCUAUUGCAUAGAUGUUAUUAUCGGAGAAACUAGAGUACUGGGGUUGGAAAUGUAUCAAAUCCAAAUUCAACUGCCGUUUUAUAUUACGUUGGUGGAAAAUAAACGAUUUAUGCUCAAUCAGUUGUGCUUUCGCGUUUUGUCACUAAUCGAUUAAGGAAGCAUUCCAAACCGCAGUCUCAACCCGUUGAAAUUUCGACGAUUCAAUCUAAGGAUUUGUACAUUUUUAUCAACGGGCCACUAAAGGAAUUUUAGGACUGUUUCCCGGCCCGUAAAAAUUCCAUUUUCGACAUAAAUACUUGUUAGAAAUGAUCAAUGUACUCUUUAUAAGAGUUUACUGUAACAUACUUAACAAAUUAAACGCUAUGAUGGCAAGAUUUCUGAAAUAUGUUUUGUACUAAAGUUAUUCUCGAACAGUUAUCAAAUCAAAGUUAUACAUUUUAGUUGUACAUAUGACAAGAAAAACAAAAAAAAAGUGAUAGAUAUAACAUGAAGUGUAUUUAUUUUCAAACGCUUACGUAGGCAAAAGAAGGUUAACCUAAACUUAGCGGUACAUUUUUUAUAAGCAAGUAUCUUGUAAUGAAUAAAUAAUUUGCCAUU